AUGCUUGAUUUAGGAGCAUCAGUAAAUGUUAUGGCUGCAUCUAUAUAUGAAUAUCUUAACUUAGGUCCCUUGAAAGAAACUGGAAUUACUUUACAGUUGGCUGACCGUUAUAAUGUAUACCCUAGAGGUAUUAUUGAGGAUGUGCUUGUGCAGGUAAACCAACUAAUUUUUCCAGCGGAUUUUUGUGUGUUGGAGAUGACAGACGGAUCAACUGACACAUCUCUAUCGCUACUUCUUAGUCGACCAUUUAUGAGCACGGCUAGGACUAAAAUUGAUGUGCAUGAUGGUUCAUUGACUAUGGAAUUUGAUGGAGAAGUAAUAUGUUUCAACAAUUACGAAACGAUGAGAUAUCCUAGUGAUGUCCACUCUUGCUUCUCUGUUGAUGUGAUUAACUCACUAGCUCAACAGAUGUUUGAUUUGAGGUGUGAUGAUCCAUUUGAGACUAUUAUCACGAGAAGUGUGGGUUCUAAAGAUUUUAAAGAUCCGAGAACCGAGCUUAAGUUAGGGGACGAAUUUGAGGAAACCAUUGGUGAACUUAAUUCGUUGCAACAAUGCCCACCUAUUCAUGAUAUUUCUUUUAUUUCUUUGUCAUGCACUGAUGAAAAGUUAUUGUCAUCUAUUUUGCAGGCACCUAAACUAGAACUAAAGCCUCUUCCUGAUCACCUAAAAUACAUGUAUUUGGGUAAUAACGAAGAGUUUCCAGUAAUAGUUUCGAAUGCACUAACUGAAUUGCAGGAACAAAUACUUCUUCGAGUUUUGAGGGAGUAA